AUCCUUUCAGUCCUCUUCAAGGCGCCACAUGAUCAUGAACGUGAAGUAUGGAGACAUUCUGGAUGUGACGGAGUCUUUUUCGAGCAUGCCCACCUUGGUGACCGAGACACCUUGAUGGAGGAGAGGGAAAAGUACAAGGUUGUGCACUACAAGGAUGAAGUUCCGCUGACCACGGCGCUUGCGGAUCUACAGGGUCUUGGGGAUCACAUGGGUUUGGUGUGCACAUCCCGUGGCUUGGGAGUUCGGUGCGAAAAGCAAGCCUUGAGUGCAGUUACAAAGGUGGUGCUUGGUCCCAACGCACUGGUGGGCGCGGAUAUGUUCGUGGUUAAAAAUCUUCCGCUGCACCUUUCGCGUGAUCAGGCCCAGACAGUGCUCAACACCCAGAUGGGCUUCGAGUGUGCGAUUUUGGACUUCUACGUGUACAAGCAAGCUCGCCAUGCCAAGGUGCGAGCACCCAAAGCGCCAGCGCAAACAGCAGUUACGAUGCCCACGCCAUCGGGUGAUUUCUUGGUAGAGAUUCAGCCUGUGGGUACUGUUGCUUUGAAGGCCUCAGGGGCAAAUGAGUUGCCCAACAGUGUCCGCGCCCCGCCCGCGGCAGCAUCGGCAAGAACUUCCACUUUCCCGCCACCUCCCCCGCCAGGGUUCAACAUCACUCAGAUCGGGAAGGGUGCCAUUGGAACCCCGGUGACGAUUCGGGGCCCGCAGCAACGCGCGGCCACUCCACAGGCUACGGCUACACCACAUCGCGAAGUGCAUGAGGUACGGUAUGCGGGCUUGGAGACAAAAUUCCAGCAGCAGGUGCAGAUGCUCACGGACACGGUGCAGAACAUGCAGACAAGCAUUGAGCAGCUGCAGCUUGCCCAAACAGCCAAGCCGACGCAGGAAGAUGAGGAGAUGACUGAUGAGCGACAUCAAACAAUUCUGGCACGUUUCGACUCGAUGGAUGCGAGGAUCUCCCAGGUGGAACAGAAAGCGGACAGCACAGAUGACCGCUUUCGAAACAUCCAGGGAAUGCUUGAGGAGCUCGUCGCAGAAAAGAGGGCCAAGUUUUCGAAGUGCCUGCCGCAAGUGGUACCAUCGGAGGCGCCCAACGUCCCGGUGGAGAGCAAAUUUGUAAUUCGCAGUUGCAACAUCACAGCUUGGAGACCACAUGCUCCGGAGUUGCUGUCAUGGAAUGCAGAUGUGGUACUAAUGCAAGAAAGUCGGCUCACCGCAGUGGCACAACAGCAAGCCACUACCACAGCAAGGAGCGCAGGUCGCCACUUACUUCAUGGAGCCCCAGUUCCGGUUCAAAGUUCCCAGGAACUCCAGGAGGGAGGACAGCGAUACAUCAAGCCCACUAUUUGGAACGGUCGACAUGGAGGAGUUUCCAUCAUGUCACGGUUGCCCACGCAGUCUACACUGGCACAUGAUACCUCAUAUGAUGCGGACCGCAAUCUUUGGGAGCGGCAGCGGUUUGCGCUGGCACGAGUCCCUUUGGCCAGGAAUCGCUCCAUCAUGGUUGCCAGCUUCUAUGGUCUUGCUGGAGGUGGAAGCCCGCAUCGGCGAGAUCAGCAUUUUGAGUGUAACGAACGCAUGUUGCAGCAAGUGUUUGAGGUGGCCUCUAGAUACGGGGAUGUGCCCUUCAUCAUCGGUAUGGACGCAAACAUUCAGGUCGAUAAGUCACCUACCCUUGUCACUGCGUUGUCUACGUCCAGAUGGCAUGAUGCGGGUGAGGUUUUUGGUCAUGCUGGAGGAUUGGCUCCCACGUAUUGCCAAGACCCUCAGUGGGACAAACAUGCAGCAAUACCGGGCGCUACCCGAAUUGACUACAUUUUGGUUAACUCUACAGCGCUCAGUGCAUUGCGUGAUUUUCGGCUGGUCAGGGAUGCUGGCCUUCCAGGCCACCUUGUGCUUGAGGCGGAGUUCAAUUUUACAGCUUUUCGAGAGGAAGGGUACACGCUGCGUCAGCCUAGGCCCUUUCCCUUGAAGAAGAUGCCCCAGUAUGACGAUGCCACCCUUGAAGAAAUGGGCCAACGCACUUGGCAACCCUUAGAGGCUCCAUAUCGGGAUGCACUACAACUGGGUCGGGCUGAUAGAGCAUGGCAAUUGCUAAAUCAUGGUUUGGAAUGCUUUCUCGAAGCUCUGGCAGAGGAGCUGCCAUGCACUUGGUCGCUGGGUCGUGGCCAACCUCCAAGGUUUGACCAGUUCAGCUCGAGGGCGCCGAGGGAAAACAUCAACGGGGGAGCUCAAACCAUGCAUUUGAGACAACUUCAGAAGCUUCUACAGCAGGGCCGGUCUUAUCUAGCCCAGUCCCGCCGACAUGUUCGUUGGCACACGGAAGGCAGACCUAUUUCCGGGGCUGACUACAGACAGCGCGUUGAGGCAUGGAGAAGUUUCUGCCGCAAGGGUCGUGGUUUGCUUGAAGCAGAUUGGGACAGGUGGUGGACGGACGCCGAACCAGCAAUCCAGGAUAUGCAGGCCAUAGUUGAUGCUCUUGCCAGACGAUUCGACUGGGAAGCCAAGCGGCAAGCACAAGGUCGAGUCCAAAAGUGGCGGGAGUCUUUGCGAAAAUCUUUCCGGAAUGACCGCAGUGUCUUGUGCAAAUGGGUUCGCCAACGAGAACAACGACCUAUCACACACGUGAUUGCGGAGGACGGGGUCAAGUCAGCAGUUCCUGAUAUGCUUCUGUCUCUUGAGGAUUUCUGGGUUAAGCUCUUCAACCUGUACUCUCAUGAUACGCCGCCCACUUGGGAAGCCUUUCAGCAGCGAUAUGGGCACACUUUCCCUGCGUGCCAGCCUUGCAAACUGCCUAAAAUCACUGCCAGAGAUUGGAAGGCACAGGUUCACAAGUUGCCACUACAUGCUGGAAAGGGCGUGGAUGGGUGGAGAGCGGGUGAGCUGCAACGGCUGCCGCUCUUCUUAUGGGAAAUUGUUGCGGACUUCUUUGAUGCCAUCGAGCAAGGCAUGCAAUGGCCCAAGAGCCUCACGUAUGCGCAAAUAGGCUUGAUGCCGAAGGGGGACGUCUCCAAACCUGGAAAGCAGCGCCCUAUCUCAGUGUUUGGCAUACUCUACCGUUGUUGGAGUUCACUGCGUUUCCGUCACAUGCAGUCGUGGAGAGAACAAUGGAUGCCAGAUAAUAUGCGUGGAGCCAGAGCAGGUGGAUCCACGCAUGACAUCUCCAUCAUGCUCUCUUUGGAUGUUGAGGUCGCUCAACUAGAAGGUCGCCCGAUUGGGGGAUUCCUCUUCGACAGGGAAAAGUGCUUUGAUCGCCUCACCUUUGACAUCACAGAUGGAUUGGCGGGAGUUUUUCAAGCUCCAGAGGGCGUGCGGAUUGCCAUGAAUCGGCUCUGUCGUCAAACCAAGAGGUUUCUCAAAAUCGGCAAGUUCUGCGGACGUGUGUUUCAAGCCACGAAUGCUUUGCCCCAAGGAUGCUCUUGGAGCAUACUCAGCAUACUCAUGCAUAUGGCUGUUUGGCAUCGCGAUCUGGCCUCUUGUGCCCCAUUAGCAGUGACGUAUUCCUUCUAUGAUGACUCCAGCACAACGGGGCCAGACCAGGAGACUCUUGAUACGGCUUUGGCUGCAACCAUAGAGUUCGAUGAGUACACUGGCGGAUUGCUGAAUGGAGAGAAGUCCAUCGCUUUUGCAAUUGGGGAAGAGCUCAAAGCACACUUGCAGCAGCAAAACCUGUAUGGGCAACCGCUCACGGUAGCAGACUAUGGCAAGCUGCUGGGUGCUUUUCUCUCUUUUGGCGGUGAUUUCCCAGAGGACAAGCAAGAUGAGAGACUUCAGCGGCUCAUCACGGUCAUGCGCCGAAUACGAAGUGUACCCGGCACUCCGCAGGUUCGCGGCUACUUGGUGGACAUUUUUGCCUCCGCGGCCAUAGCUUUUGGCACAGAACAAGGGGGAUACUCCGACAAGGCCAAGAAGGAGUACAUGGCAUUGUUGCGUCAGACCUUGUGGAAUUGCGACAAUAUGUGGCCAAACAUGGCCAUUACCUUGGCGAUUCUCUUCAAAGGUCAUCGUUUCGAUGUUGAGGCCAUAGAGCAUCAUGAACCCCUACGCCUAUGGCGACGCCAGAUUGUUCGAGACGAGCAUACCAGAUCCAAACUACAACACGCAUGGGCGCUCAAGCAGCAGUGCCCCGAAGUGGUCACCGGUGGUAUUUUGCACAGACUUGACGUUGUUGCGCGGGAUUUGGGAUGGACCUGGUCUCAGUAUGAUGUUUUUCAGCGACCCGGUGAUGUUCCAUUACAAUGUGGUUUGGCAAAAAACAUCUUCGAGCAUCAGUUGCGGGAAUCCUACAGACGCGACAAGAUUGCAAACGGGACUCACAGAAAGGACAACGUUGGCCAGCAUGCGGGCGUUGACUAUGACAUCACGGUUGCCUUGUUGCGCACUUGGGAGCGCAACCCCAAUGUCACAACUCCUUUGCGGAUUGGGAUUCUACGCCGAUGUUUGGGGGGUGCCCUCUACACACGCCAACGGCUGCAUCGGGCCAAGGUGGUUGAAACGCCGUGGUGCACUUUCUGUGAUCGGCAUGAAGAAGAGGAUGGCUGGCAUCUUUUCUGGACCUGCCCACGAUGGGAAAGCUUGCGGCAGUACGUGAAGUCCAUCACUACAGAACAGCAGCGGUGGUUCAUGCAUGGAUGUUUGGCUCACUGCGGCGUUGCUCCCGUGCAUACUGAGGCUGAGGAUUGGUUUGUACAAAGCUAUACCCCAGAAACGACAGAUGGCGCUGCACAUGCUACAGAACCUGGCGAUGAGGAAUGUGAAGUCAUUCGCGAUGGCUUCCUUCUCACUGCGUCGGACGGGGCGUGUCGGCAUGCACAGUUUCCAAAGCUACGAUCUGCUGGAUGUGGGAUGUACUAUGGCAAGGACCACAGUUGCAACAGAAGCUUUCCUUUGAUGGGAGUUGUCCGUGACGCUGCUCGUGCUGAGAUUGCGGCAGCUCUCCACAUCAUCAGGACGGCGUGGAGGCCCACUGAAAUCCUGAUCGAUCGAAAGGCCACGCUGGACGGUCUCAGACGCAUUGAGCAGGGCAUCUCCUACAAAGACUUGGCAAAUGCGGAUCUCCUGGAGCACGCAGCCAAUGCGUGGCAGGCCAAAGGAGGCUCCGUCUUUUUCAAGUUCACCAAGGUUGCGGCACAUGGCAGAGGGGGCUCUGGGCAAGACCAGCUCCACACGGCGUACAAUGCUGCAGCAGACAGGUUGGCCACCGCUGCAGCUGACUCCGUCAAGCCUCCGGAUGAUCUUGCUGAUCAGUACAAGCAGUAUGCCAAGCUGGUGCGGGCUAUACAGAUCAUGUGUGUCGACAUCCUGGAGGCGCAGAAAGCGGCCACUGCGGAGGACAUCCAGGUGAAUGAUCCUCCGGAGCCGCCUCCUGAAAGCGCUGCUCCGGGCGCUGAGAGGGAUCAGGCUAUGGCUGUUGAGGCUCUGCCGGCGGCGCAGUUUUCCAACAUCUAUCCUGAUUAUGUUUGGCCUCGAGAAGGUGAUGAAGAUGGACACAGCCAUGCAGUGCCACAACCUGUCACCUGGCGUCAAGUUACGCCGCAGUUUCGGCAGUUCUGGCUGUAUGGGCUGGAAGCUUUUCAUGCGGUGCAAUGGUACUUCCGACACCUCAAGUGGUACACAACUCCUGAUGCCGACAAUCCGUUAACAGUGGCCGAUGUUACAUGGGCUGAAUUGGUGCUUGAUUUCAGCUUGUCCACAGGUUGCAGGAUGUGGAAAAUGGACCAGAACCCUACCAAUCUUGUCCAACAAGCAGAAGCAUUCAAAAAAGCCGCGCAAAGCAUGGCCAACGUCAUCGCCAGGGUGACUUGCAGUUUUCCGAACUCUCUUUUCCCUGGUUCGGUUAUACGAAAGGCCGUUAUCCUGAGAUCGAUGGGUUUUGCGGCGGCGCUUGGGCUCUCUGUGCGGCCUCAACUCAUGCAGCCGCUCACGGUUGGCCGCGUUUUGGCUGGAUGGAUUGCGAAGCAGAAUCUUCCACUGGAUAGGGCUAAUAGGCCGAUUGGCUCGUACAGUUGGGUGCCAGCUCUUACAGAGGGGCAUCUUCUAUGGCAUCCUGAUGAGCGUUACAAGGCCCCGGUACCAAGUCGAACACAAAAUGGACAGCUCAGCCUUUGGCAUCCUUGCAUGGAUGGUACCUGUGGCCCGGGCAAGAACGGAGUGCAUCGUCAACAGCUGCAGUGCCGGGUCUGGCAUCCUCCAGCUCCUGUCCCUGAAGCCGAACAAAAGCGAGUGCGCUUGAACAAGAAGCAACCACCGCCUUGUGUUGCCAAUGCUGUGGGGUCUGUGCAGCCUCCAGUUCGGCAGCUGGUGGUUCCUCCGGCUGAGUCACUUGGUGAGGCUGCUUCCAGCGCCCAGCCCCGGGCUGGUGCUGAGGAGAGCAGCGACAAGAAAGUCCGCAAAGAUGCUGCGAAGCCUGCGCAGCCUGCGCCCACUGUUUGCGAAGUUGUUGCAAGCAUCCGUCGCUCCAGCUGGAAACUUGGUCAGAGCUAUCCUGAAGCAGUGGUGCAGCAAAUGAAGCUGAUGACCAACCACGAACGCAUCAGGGUGCACAAGACGAUGGGUGUCACAGAGACAUGCGAUAGGCGUGCUGCAACGAAUGCAACUGGACAAAUGAAAGCAACCUUGCUCCGCAAAUUGUAUGAUCAGUGUGCUUUGCUCAACAAGCGUGCUGGGAAACCGUUUCACCACUUGGUGCCAACAGACGAUGGCACGAAAGUUCAAUGCUCUAGAUGUGGUCGGUGCACUCCUCGUGGUGCAUUGUCUUUGUGGCGGAAUGAGCUCUGUCACUCUGCAGCGGCUGCUUCCUCGAGUGCAAAGUAG